AUGGAGGAUCGCAGCGGGCAAGUGCUGGCCGUGGCGGUCCUCUUCUUCAUAUUAUGUUGGAUCGCCGUCGGCCUGCGCAUAUACUGCCGUGGAUGGAUUACACGAUCGCUCGGCACCGAUGACAAGAUGAUGAUCGCCCUCAUGCUCAUCUUCACCAUCUACCUCAUCACUCAGAUUCAAGGAGUUCGAUAUGGAACAGGCCGACAUAGAACCGAUCUCACCCGGGAACACAAUCGGGACGCUCUCAUGUACUGGUACAUCUGCGAACUGCUUUACAUUAUAUCAACCUGCCUUCUCAAGAUAUCUGUCGGCUACUUUCUCAUCCGCGUGUCCAUCCGCCGAAGCCACAUCUGGAUCCUUCGCAUUCUCAUGAUCGGCACGGUGCUUUUCGGCUCGACAUAUUUCUUCAUGGUCAUGUUCCAAUGUCGGCCAAUCCAGACAUUUUGGGAGGAAUCGCCACGCACAGAAGGAAAGUGCUUCAGCAAUCGUGUGGUUGUCAUCAUGACCUUCACGGCCUCGAUUAUCAACUGCCUUGCCGACUGGGCCUUUGGUAUUCUCCCCUUGUUCAUCGUCUGGUCGCUUUCCCUCCCCAAGCGCACCCGACUCCUUGCGUUUGGCAUUCUCUCAUUUGCUGCCAUCGGGUCUGCCGCAACCGUGGCAAGAUCCGUGUACAUACCAACCCUCCUCGACGGCGACGACUUCCUAUGGGCGACUACCGAUGUAGCUCUGUGGAGCACCGUCGAGCCCGGCAUCGGCAUCACUGCCGCGUCGCUCGCCACCCUUCGCCCUCUGUGGCAACUCGUAUGGUACCGCGCGGGCAUGCGGUCUCAGGCGCCUCGCGCAAUAGCAUGGCGAGAACGGUUCAAGGGGCAGCCGAGUUAUGUCCGCAGCGACGGCUCAGACCCUCGUCACCCACGACACCCCGUGCCAGACGACGCACCCCUGGAAGAGAUCGAGGCUGAUAUCCGGGCCGAGUUUGAGGCGGAAGUGCCCCGCAUCGCUCGAUCCCAAGAUGGCUACAGCUCAUCGGCACCGACGAGACGGAGCGGCUUGAGUAAGGACUUCAAUCUCGCAUACGAGAGAGAGAGGCGAGACGAAGAUGUGGAGUCCCUGGUGGUCCCCCGCGACGACGGCGAUGGUGGGCAAUGGCUCUGUCCGUCACCCCGCGAAGAUGAUAAUUCGUUUGAGCUCGAAGACGGCCUUCACCUGACACCGAAAGUGAGAUCACCCGCGCCGACCGUGAACUGGUGUUCACCACGCAUGUCCGCCAUAUCGAUGGGCUUCGGCUCCUUCAACCGAGAGAACCGCGACUCGACCCACUCAGCCCUCACACUCGGCGUCAACAACUACGACGGCGCAAACCCCACGGGCAACCGAGCGAGCAGACUAAGCAGGCUGAGCAGCGUCAGCAACGUUCACGAUAACCACAACAACAGCAACCGGGCGAGCAGACUAAGCACCCUCAAUAGUCCAGGCCACCACUACCGAGACAGUAGGAUGACCGUGGAAACAUACACGAACACGACGAACCCGCGCCACAGCAGCAGGUUCGACAACCGCUACAGCCGGACGACGCGAGCCAGCAGCCACUACACGCGCGGCUCGCAGUUCCUAGCGCCGCCCUCGCCUGGCGACUUCCCCAUGCCUAGCCCGCCUCCAAGUACAUGGCAGGUCAACGUCCCCGGGGGCAUGGACUCGGCGCAGUGGCUUUCGUCUAGGAUGGCGGAACAUCCGGGCCAUCCUAGCAAGAAGCGGUAG